AUGCAAAUCAUAAAAGACUCAUUUACUUGGGAUUUUUUUUUUAAAAAAUGAGCUGUAAAUCCUUAUUUAUUAUUUAUGUAUUAUAAUGAAAUAAUUCCCUACCAGCACAGCAUCAGAGAGUCCAUUCACUGGGUUUUAUCAUAUGAACUUAACAAAUGUUCAACACAUUUUAGUGAGCAGAAAACAAAUGACAAAAGAGAAAACUUCCCCCAAUUCUAUAGGCUCAGAUUUCAAUUUGCAACAAACCGUGCAGGUAAACAGCACCUAUCAGGGAGGUCGAUGUUAGAUAUUAUCUCCCCACCUAUGCAAAUCCUUGGGGCACUGAGUAUGAUAUUCCUGGGUUGCGUAGCAAUAAAAGAGUUAUUUGUUGUUUCUCAUUUGGGAUCGCCACAAUGUGGGGGUGUGAUGGUCAGAUGUGUAUCUGAUCUGCUCCUCCAAAAAAGAGAAGUAUAGGGCUACAUUGUGACGUUAACACAUUUAAAUCGACCAACCUCUCCACCUAUUCGACUGGUUGAGCUGUGAGCAGGUACUGGAGGUCUGCACCAUGGUAUAUAUACCUGUCCAAGUGCUGUGCACCUGCACCAGUGUGGUGACAGUCACCCAUUCACACAGCAAUGGCCUCCACUGAGGACAGCACGCAGACAUACAGCAAGAUGAGUCCCUUGGACAGCGACAUCAACCAACACUUCCAGGAUGCAAUCGAUGUGAUUCAGCAGCAUUCAAAUAACUCAUAUUAUGAUCCAGGCUACACAUACUAUGAGUCUCUGGGUCCCCAGCCACCGUCUCUGUGUCAGAUCUCCUGGUGCCCUGUUACACACCCUGCUGAUGUGCCGGGGCCCAUGUAUGACUGGAGCGACACAGCUCCACAUUCCUGGCCUCAGGUCAUCCCAGAUGUCUCCUUGGAUCACACUAUAACGACCGAAUCCCCUCAGUUCUUCUCCAUCCUCCCCACACAGAGGAACAGCAAAGGUCGCAAGAAGCUCAGACUGUACGAAUACCUUCAUGAAGCUCUGAACGACCCCAACAUGGGCGACUCCAUCCAGUGGACGGACAGCGGCACCGGCACCUUCCACUUCAUCUCCAAGAACAAGGAGAAGCUGGCUGAGUGCUGGGGCCAGCGCAAGGGCAACCGCAAGACUAUGACCUACCAGAAGAUGGCACGGGCCCUGAGAAACUACAGCCGCACUGGUGAGAUCAUCAAGGUGCGCCGCAAACUCACCUACCAGUUCAACCCACUGAUUCUCCAGAGGCUUGGUACCGGCACGGCCCGGGUCCCCAUAGCAUUGCCCUUACAUACCACACAGGACGAGGGCCACAUGCAGCAGCCAAACCCAGCCGAACGGAGCUACUGCGGCUCUGUGGCACCGGACUGGCAGAACUGGUACGGCCACUACCCUCUCCAGGAAGACUACGAUCUGGCCACCAGCUUCACCUCACACAGCGUCACCAAGGCGUGAGCUGAAGAACAGUUUGGCCACAGCCCUGAGAAGUUUAAAACAUUUUAAAAUACUUGAAAAUGUAAUACUGUCAGCCUUCCUGGCCUGUAUUCAGUUCCUAGUGCAUCUGCUUGCUAUGGGAUUUGAUUUAAUGUCACAACCAGAAACAAUUAAGUGGAUUUAUACUCUGUUUUGGAUCCACUCUUUGUAUUAAGCAGUGGGAGUCAUGGUAGGGUUGUUUUUUCAUGAUAAUGAAUAGGUUCAAGGUGUAAAUAUUCACUAUACAGAAAGUUUUGUAUUAAGUAAGCAACCAGUGAUAAGCACUUACAUGUAAGUAUUGUUGAUAACUUGGAGGGAUUAAUAUAAUUUACUAAGUGUUGAUAAAGAAAUACUGUUUGCAUACUUUUUUUGCUGUACAUCAAUAAAUAAUUUUCUAACAAUUU